CCCGACGGUGCGGUCGUUAUCGAACGAGCCCCAACUCCACAACAAUAAGUACUCGUCCUCAGAAACCAGUGUUGUGUAAAUUUUCAUCUCGUGAGUUAAGAUAGUUGGAAAAUGUCGUGUUUCGGUGGCAGCGUGCUCAUCCCCGACUGAGGGACUGUGUUGUGGUGCGCAGUGUAGUGUGAUGAUGUGUGUGAAGUGAAGUGCUAACAGAAAACGAAAACCGACACCAUGCUGCCGACAAAUGUUAUGUCCUUUAUGAAAAAGAUGGUGGCGACAGACGACUCAUCGAACACGGUCCCCGGGCACAUCGAGUCACCGGGAACCUUCGGCAAACUACGACAAACUCUCUCCUCGUCACUGCUCACCGCCCAGGAUAAAGUAACAACAAAAUUGGGUCCUCGACAAGCCGUGCCAGAGCCCGUGACGGAGCCUGCGCCGGCGCCGCCGCCGGCACAACCCCCGCCUACCGCAGCACAGAUUGCCAAGACUGACCGUGAGGCUGGGAAAGCGCCAUCCCGUGCCGGAGCCUGCCGGGUCUGCUUGAAGGCGCUCAAGCCCGGAGAAGUGUACCACACGUGCAACGGCUGCCAACAUCGUGUCUGCGAGGAUUGCUCCUCCUACUCUAAGCCGGCCAGCGAUGAAGACGCUAACUCAUGGCGGUGCUCAGUGUGCCGCCGCAAGGCACAGCCGCGGCUCCCGCCAGCAGCACAGGACAGCACAGACUCACUACUGGAUGUGCCGGUGCUGGAAGCAUUACAGCGCCGCCACUCGGAGGCCCGGCUUGGAAGCGGCGGCAGCAGUGCUGGCCUAGCUCCGCCCCGCUCACCUGAACUCAGGCGACACUCAGAUGUAUCACCAGCGUCACUCAAAGAACUCGAAAAGUUAAAGGGCGGCGGCAGCACGACGCCGACGGUGGAGUCGCGGCGGCCGAGCACGGUGACGCCGGCGCGCCGCCGCUCCGUGCGCGCGCCGCGCCAGCGCUCCUGCGACGAGGACCAGCCGCACUCGCCCGCGCAUCAGUCUACGCCGCUAGCACCGCCUGCCAUCUCCAGAAGAUCAUCAGCAGUGGACGUAGUAGCGGGCGCAACGUCCCGGCGUGGCUCAUACCGCACCGACGAGCCCAGCACCACGCCCUCGAUAGCUCCCGGACUCAGUGUCGAUGAAGAUAGGCCGAUCAGACGUCGCGGAAGCCAGCUGCCGGACAUAGCAGCUUUGCAGCAAAAAACUGGCGCUCUAAAUGCACUAGCGGCCUUGGCAUCCCGGAGCUCAGAGUCAUCAUCAGAACCAACAAUAUCAGUAUCGGCGGCCACGACGGCGGCACUGGCGGCGGCCGCGCGACAGAUGUCCGUCGAUGCUGAGGCCAUCAAAAUUGUGAUACAUGACGUCGAUGACCGCACGCCGCGCCGCGUUUCCCUGCGUCGGGACCCUAAUGAUAAGGGACACAGAUCUCGCGGUUUCGGUAUGCGCGUUGUGGGCGGCAAGCCGGACGCGAGCGGGCGGCGCGAGGCCGUCAUUGUGUGGACCGUGCCGGGCGGGCCCGCUGACCUCGCCGGCCUACAGCAGGGAGACAAGGUAUUGGAAUGGGGCGGGGUGCCGCUAACGGAGCGCAGCUUCGAGGAAGUGUGCGCGGUGCUGGAGCGCGGCGGCGACAGCGUGGAGCUACUGGUGGAACCCGCGCCGCAGGUCGACGAUCCGCCCUCGCAGACGAACCAGCCCUCCAUGCAUCAUCAUGCCCUAUACGAACCGGAUACCGACAAAUCACCAUCGUCGCCGACCCGACGGAAAUUGCCGAAAACCCCGGAGCAAGACCGCGCGGACCGCGCGCGGGACCGCCCGCCUGCUCGGGCGCAGCUGCAGGUGUGGUUCGAGUGCGAUCUGCGCAAGCUCGUAGUCGUACUCAUCGCGGCCGACGACUUGCCGCCGCGGGACCACACGCUGGGCUAUGGAGAUGAACCAGAAGCUUUCGCCAGAAUACGCCUUCUGCCAUCACUUGAAAGUUGCCCACCUGUGGAGACAGAUCCAGCAUCUGCUUCAUGCAGUCCCGUGUGGAAUGCUACUUUGAGCUUCGGUGGACUUACAGCAGACCUGCUAGCAGGCCGAGCGUUGGAGCUCACCCUCUGGGACGCUUGUCCGGGCAUUGACCCUGUUCUUAUUGGAGAAUGCACUAUGGAAAUCGAGAAAGCAUUCGCGGAAGAGCGUGCUGUGUGGUGGACGCUGGAGGAGCGCGGGCCCCGCUCGGCCAACGCGUCGCCGCGCGGCUCGCUCACGGGUGCGCGCGCUUUACGCCGCGGAGACUUCGCCUCCCAGCGUUCAGUGUCAGAUGACGUGGACUCCAUCGGCGAAUGUGCUUCUUUACUUCAUCCUGACCACGCUUGGGUGGGAGGCUCACGUCGAGGCUCCUCUCAAUCAGAAACACUCGAAGUGGAAGUUUAUCAGCUUGGCAAAGAUUUCUCUCGAUCUUUGCCAGGCUCACGCCGUUCCUCAUUCCAACAACAAGAAAAGGAAGGCGGUGGCGACGUGUCGCCGGCGAUGAGCGCGCGGCGCACGGAGCGGCGGCGCUCGUCGUGCGUGCGGCGCGACCCGGACGACAUCCUGCGCUCGCUGCGCGCCGUCAAGGGCGAGCUCGGCCGCACGCUGUCGCUCUCCGGCUCCACCGCCAGGCGCACGGCCACGGGGCGCAAGGGCAGCAUGUGGGCGGCGGUGCCGGCGGCGGCCGCGUGCGACGCGCUGGCCGACGACGACGACGCCGUGCCGCUCGGGCCCGGCCAGCUGCCGCCGCGCAACGCGCAUCUGCCGCCGCUGCACGCCGAGAUCAAUAUCAGCAUCAUUAUGAUCAAGGGACAACUGGAGCUCGAGGUAUCGCACGCUCGUCGUGUGUAUGGCGUGAACGGUGAAGUGCCGGACUCGUACGUCAAGUGUUACCUGCGCGAUGGGGAUAAGUGGCUGCAUAAGCGCAAAACUCGCGUCAUCAGGCGAACCACCGAGCCGCACUUCAAACAGACGCUCAAGUAUCAGGUACAAGCGAGCGAAGCGCUGGGCCGCACACUGGUGGUGAUGCUGUGGCAGCGCUGCGGCGGCUUCGAGCACAACCUGGCGCUGGGCGGCGCCGAGAUCUGCCUCGACAAGCUCACGCUGCCGCAGCGCACGUACGGCUGGUACCCGCUGUUCCCCGCCACCUCGUUCGCCAACGACGAGUCGCCCGACUGAUCCAGGGAGCCGUCGCCGGAGCGCAACUAGACAACUAGCGCUCCCGACGGCUCACAUGUCCCAUACGAUCUUAUUUAUCUCCGCCGUGCAUAUUCCACAUAUAUACGCCCACAAUGCCCCAAUAUUGGACUGAAAAAUGUGUUGGUUAUCGAAAUUUUCUAUCAUUGUAAAUAAUGCAGUGUAGAUCAAAAUGUUACCUAAAAAUAUUAUUCGCUAUUUCUGUUCGCAGUCAAAAUACGUUUAGGGCAUAACACAAUAUAUAACAAGCCCACGGGUUACAGAUAAAAAUAUUUUUGUGACAACAAGAGUCAUUCUCAACCACAUGCCCGAAGAAAUAAUCAACACUAUUUAGACUGUAGAUUAAUAAAAAGGAGCUUAUUGUAGACAAGUGCUUCAAUUUUUUAAGUGUGUAUGUUAUGUCCACAUAUGGAUGUGCCUAAUAACUGAUUAGGCCUUUAAUAUAGAAAUUAUUGUUAUAAAUAUGUUAUAGCUCAAAAGAUAUUUAUUACGUUUUAUUAAAAAAAUAUUACGCUUCAAGUCUAUAAAACAAAUAUUUGUAGCAGUUUUAUGUUAUGUACUUACCUAUAAUAAAUCUUAUAAAUGUGUGUCACCGUAUGAUUCAAUACAUUCAGAAUAUUUAGAAUAGUACAACAACUGUAGUGCAUUUCAUGUGGAGUACAAUAGUCUAUAUAAUAAUUAUAAGAUACACUGUGUGCAUAUGCAUGUAAUUAUAUCACUUCGUAACUGUCACUUCCAACUCUUCACAAAACUUUCUUAGAAAGUUAUUUUGUAACAAAGAUUUUACUUUCUUGACUAUCAUCAUUCUUAUUGAGAUUAACUUAUCGUUAGCGUCUGUGUAACUUGUACCUAUCUCUAAGUACUUAGAUAUUCGAACCAACACUAUCUUAUAGCAUACGUCAUCAAAAUGAACCCCAACUUCGACACUUUGCCUUAUAUGAUUAAUACAUUUCUAAAGUUACUCUAGUAAGUAAGCGCGUCUAGGUACUAUUCUUCCAAGGUUGUGCUUUAGUGAAUUUUCCAAAGUAUACCUACUUGAUUUAUAAAUCAUCUCUAUACCAAAGUGGUAAAAAACAUUAUUUCUUCGUGUCAAAAAUCUUACUCUACGAACUGUAAAUAGUUAUUGUGAAAUUGAUUUUCAAAAUUUUCUACGCACAACAUUUUCGUGAUAGAAUUUAUAGUAAAUCUUUUGUAUUACCUAGAUUGAAAACAAAUGUACACAUUUGUGACAAAUACCUACCUUAAUAUUUCCAAUUCCGCGAUAUUGCAACAUAAAGUGUUUAGGAAUCAUGUCAUAGAUGUAGACAGGACAUUUCGAUAUUGUAAUAUUCAUGAGAUCUAUCUUAAAUAAGUGGCGAACGUAUUGCGAGAGCAUGCAACGUUGCACUCGCACGUAUAGUUAGACACACAAAUUCAUUAAGUAGAUAUUUAAAUAUUCGUGAGAUGAAUGAUAUUUUGGUCAUCGGUGUUAGUAACAUACUACAUAUCCUGUGAGAGGUAUUUAAUGUAUCUUGUCGAAAUCUGUGUUCUUCCAGUGCUAUCAUAGCUUAGUGGCUCACCUGACAAUAUUACACUUGCUUACGUGCGAUCACCGUAACGUAACAAGCGAGGACAGUGGCGCGGGACACUCGCACACUCACGCCUCGGUGCCGUGUCACUGUCCGCUAGGAGCGACGUGCACUUGCGUCUAGCUGUCUCAUCUAUCUACCUUGUUACGGUGCGCCAUCUUAUUUUAUCGUGGUUGUACAUUUUCCCAAGAGAGAGAAAUAUUUAUUAGAGAGAUCUAAAUAUUCACUUAUUAGAUUAACUAAAUAUUAAAAUACUCGAAUAAUUCAAAUGCCUAAAUAUAUAUCAGGUGUUAAGUAUAUUUUUACACUAUAAUUUUUGUAUUUGAUUAAGUUGAACAAAAUAUACAUAAAUUAUAUAUAAUGUAUCAAUGAAAAUCUAGAUAUUUAAUAAUAUAACUAUCAAUUCUGACAGAGUGUUAGGAUCGAUCUACUUACGCUUAUUAUCUUGAUAUGUUAGAGUUAACAAAGUAAUAUUCUUACGUAAGAGACGUAUGUAAAGACAUAAUAUAAUAUGAUGUGCCUCGAUGAGCCCCGAUACCGCGAUCACCCGCAGUCAUCCCACCGGCCACUCGAACACUCACGCGUCGCGCGCUCUACUUACACUCCGCAACUUGUGAUAAGGUAUCGGAUAUCAUACUAUGUACCUUCCCUACUCUAGCUAUAGUAUAUAUUAUAUAUAUCAAUUCUUCCUAGAACACGAACAUUUCUACAUUCCGUGCCUUGACCAAUGCUGAAAGUGCUUAAAGCUUAUCUACCUAUAUCAUAUUUAUUACAUAAAAUAUAAUCUUAUCAGCCUAACAUUUUGGGCCUAAAACUCGAAGAUUGAAUAAUAUAAACUUGGAUUCGGUUAUAUUUUCAGCUUUGAUCACAGGAAUGGAAUGGAACUCUACAAAUCCUAGUACGUAACAAUGUGUGUGUCAAAGUAUAUUAUUAAAUAAAUGUGAUAACAAAUGAGUUUAUUAUAGCGAUAUAAACAAAAA